UCUGCUGAUGUCAGACUCCAUCUGUUUGCUUUAGAUUUAAUCCGAUUAGCACUUGGACGACUCCAAUUAAUCUCAGCCACACAAACUGAAGUAGAGAAGCGUGGAGGUCUCCAGCAUGCCUGUGUUCUACACGCCGAUCCCUCACAACCUGAGAGUGGGUCUGGCUAACGUCAGCGGCUCAGUGUUUAUAAAUAACAGGACGCGAGACAGCGGAGACUUCAGGGACCCUUAUCAGGAUAAUGAAGUGUGUACUGAGGUGGCGUCUCAUCUCCCGCUGCAGAUGCUGCUCUACUUCAACAUCUUCUACUUCCCCUUCUGGUGGAUCUCUGAGCUGCUAAUGCUACACUUAAAGAUCAGUUAUCUUCCGGUGUAUUACCAGUGUCUGCUGGUGACGGGGUUGGUUCUGAUUAGCAUAUUCGAGGUGUUGCGGCUGUAUCUCGGUUAUGUUGGGAAUCUCAAAGAGAAGGUUCCAGAGUUGGCUGGAUUUUGGCUGAUCUCCUUCCUCUUCCAGCUGCCGAUCAUCCUCUUCUUCAUCACUGAUGAAGACACCAUCAUUCUUCCUUUGGAGCGGGCCGUUCACUCUCUCUAUCUGGCUUUCCUGCUGGGCGAGCUGCUGGCCUCGUUUCUCGCCCUGCGCGUCAUGACUCGCAAACUCGCCCAGCAGUUUCACAUCAGGCAGUUCGGCCCUGUCCAGGGUCUCCAUACAGCAGACGCCCUGCCUGUGUUUGGACUGCCGUACGGGGGCAGGAGUGUGCUGCCUGUGAGGGACAUUCAGCCUUACUGAUUGAGAGAUGAUGUAUUAUGAAGGUUAAUGAAACCUGGUGGUUAAUGAUCUGGGCGUCUAAUCGAACAGUUGGUACGGUCCUCCACAAUGUGACCUUCAGAAAUAAGUGCACUUGUGUUGCAAUAAGAGUAUGGUACAUGGCAAAGAUACAAAUCCAUAACAAGUACUAGUAAAAAGCAGCUAGUUGUCACACAGAAGGUUGCCACAAACACUUUAGCUCAGUAACCGUAUGAGGACUGGAGUUCAAGCAGUCCAAAACGAUUCGAGUGCAAUUACACAAAUUAAAGGAUUUUUUUUUUCUAGUUCAGAAAUGUCAUAACUUGAGUACAACUUAAUGUGGGCAGAUUUUAACUUGAAGACUGGACUGUAUUCCAAAUUAUUUUCUAAAAAAGGGAGUUUAAUGAAAGGAUCUCAUUGUGAAAGCUUACACCAUAUGACAACAUUAUUGGCAAAAGUAGUGGACAUGUAUUGUAAUUAUUUUUGCAGGUAUAACCUAAAAUAUUUUUUAUACAGAUAUUGACUUUUGAA